UAGAGCUCGUAUCUCGAGGCCAUGGCCUCUGUUGUCAAGUGCCUGGCGUUGAUUGGUUAACAGGAUGGUAGUCAUUUAUUAAAGGAUGUCCCACUCGAUAUAGUUAAGUUUUGACAGUCAGCUGAGAGACGAAAAGUUUAUCGCAAGCACCAGCACUACCAGUUUCUCAUAGCAAGUCUAGAUCAUCAGGAACAACCUGUUGAGCUAUUCUUCACGUCACUUCAAGCUGUGAUAGAGAGUCAAAAGGGAGAUAGCAAAGUACUUGCAGGAUUUAAAAACCGAGAUGGACACCCUUUCGUCUCACAUAGGCUGUGUUAGUCACAACGGUACCCAGUUACUCUCGCCAGGGGGUCCGUUUUCCGGAGUACCGAAUCACCACUACCACUACCCAGGGUACCAGCCAGCUGCAAAGUGGAUGGAUCGAUCCUGCCUCGGAGAGCCCAGGGCUCCCACAGCCAGGCCUCGGGCUGAGCCCCGAAUCCGUAGACCGAUGAAUGCGUUUAUGGUAUGGGCUAAGUCUGAGAGGAAGCGACUCGCUGACGAGAACCCGGAUGUCCACAAUGCAGACCUUAGCAAAAUGCUGGGGAAGCGCUGGCGCAGUCUUCCUCUAGUAGAAAAGCGACCAUUUGUGGAGGAGGCAGAGCGACUGAGAGUCCUCCAUAUGCAGCAACACCCCGACUACAAGUACAGACCACGAAGGAGGAAGACGCCAAAACGAGCAGUAAAGAGAAUGACGGGUAUACCAGCUUCGAUGGUGACCCCAAAUACGUCAAAUGAUGACAGUUUAGGAAGUAGCUUGCCCGAGGAUUCCGAGUCAUGUUCACCAUCACCUGUGUCAAUGUCUGAACCAUCACUCGACUCCCUCAUGCCAUCUCUAAAUGGAUACAACGAACAAAAGAGCGCCUCUAUUCUGGUAACUAGUGUUUUGAACACACCAGACUCAUCUCCAAGAUCAAGCCCAGAGCUUGGUGAAUCCACUAAAACAUUUGUUGGACAAAACAGCCCAGGUCAUUGUUUAGAGCGUAGUAGCAGACCAUCCCACUUCCAAAAUCAGCACUUCUCCCAGGCUAUUGGUCCUCUUACCCCUGAUAUGUCCCCAAUGGAGCCAAGGGACGAUAUUUUUAAGUUCCCCCCACCUUUCUCGAUGGCGGAAUCGAUCCCGCCUAUAGGAAGCCCCGUUGGAGAGCUACUGAGACGAUUCUCUAGAGCACCCGUGACUGCCAAUAGUCCACCCGCCAGCAGCAACUCCUCUCAAAAUUUGGUAACACUGCGCGCACUCGUCAGUAGCCCCAGUCCAAGCGCAACAUUCCCAUACCUUUAUGGGCGAAGUACCAGCCAAGAACCCCCAACAUUAACCACACCAUCCCCUCCACCAAAAUUAUCACAUCAGGAUCCACCACUUUUAGACGGGAGUUUAAGCCAAUACCAUUCUGGAGAAUCCAAAAUAGGUCGCUUCGCGCAUCCUCCAGAGGAACUGAUUCUUGAACAAUUCUCCCAAGCAGAGGCCUUAGCUGACGUCGAUCGCAGCGAAUUUGAUCAGUACUUGCCUGGAAUUAACGACCAUAGUGUGUCAGGCACACUGACACUAAUGGAGAUCAAAGAGGAACAAGCCGAGAGCUUUACAAUCAAAGAAGAAUUGACUUUUGAUAGUAAUGACUGUGCACUUAGUGAAGAGAAAGGGUGCAUUAAGAACAGUAGUAACAACGAUAAUCAAGUCGUUGUUGGACAAAAUGACAAUUAUAGGCACAGUCAGGUCUAUGAGAAUACAUUGGACACAUCGGGAACGUAUACCUACGAACACAUGGACAGCAAUUCCUGCCUCAUAUCUGCACUCACUGGUGAACAUUCUGCAUUUUACUAAACUAGGACAUUUCUUGGAAAUGUACAAAUAUAAGACAUACUGUAAUCAAACGAACGAGAGAAAUAUCUCUGAAAAUGUGAC